GGGCAUUUUUCAUUAUUCACAUAUUACAAAAUCGAAAGCUGUUGCUAUAAGCUGGACUUUGAAAAGCCUGCGAGUUUUCACUAAAUUCUAAGCAAAUUAUAUAUGAAAUGUUCGUCGUCCCAUAUUGAUAUUGGUAGAUCGGUCUUCAGUCGUGCCCUGUUUUUGUAUGAGAAUUGGGAGAAAGCCAUGUCGAAUUUGCAAAGUAGUUUCAAUCAGAAGAUCGACUACGUAUUCAAGGUGGUGUUGAUCGGAGACUCGGCGGUGGGCAAGUCUCAGCUCUUGGCUCGGUUUGCUCGUAACGAGUUCAGUUUGGAGUCCAAAGCCACCAUCGGGGUUGAGUUUCAGACCAAGACGCUUUCGAUCGACCAGAAAACCAUCAAGGCCCAGAUUUGGGAUACUGCUGGCCAAGAAAGAUACAGGGCAGUGACAAGUGCAUACUACAGGGGUUCAGUGGGUGCAAUGCUGGUCUACGACAUUACCAAGCCUCAGUCAUUUGAUCAUGUAACAAGGUGGUUAGAGGAAUUGAGGGGGCAUGCUGACAGCAAUAUUGUUGUCAUGCUGGUUGGUAACAAAUCUGACCUGGGGACGCUGCGAGCUGUACCGGCUGAGGAUGCAAAAGAUUUUGCCCAGAGAGAGAACCUCUUCUUUAUGGAGGCAUCAGCUCUCGAAUCGACCAAUGUUGAAUCUGCGUUCAUUACAGUCCUAACAGAAAUUUAUCGAAUAGUUGGCAAGAAGGCCCUCAUUGCUAAUGAUGAAACAGAGUCUGGAGGGAAUUCCUCACUUCUCAAGGGAACUCAAAUUAUUGUCCCUGGACAGGAUCCCUUGCCUGAAGCAAAAUCUGGCUGUUGCUUCUCUUUGUAGGAUUGUUUGCCUUUAACCUACUGUAACGUGGGUUCUGCUGUUUACAGAUAAAGGGACAUUUGUAAUACAGCUCGAGAUAUACAAGUAAAUCAGUUUUCCCCUCCUGUAAAAAUCUCUUGGUAGUUGAGCAGCAUAGAAAUCUGGGGUUCAAACAUACCUUGAUGUGAUAAAAUUGACAUGUACUUGGCUAUAGUUUUUCUUACCUUCAUACCUUGUCUGCCUGUAGUUAAUUUGUCAGACAUUUUCCUGAUAGCAGCAUUUUGUAGCUGGGAUACCGGAUAUUUCUUUCAGCUAUAGAUAAGUACAUACACUCGGUCUAAAAACAUGAAACCAGACCAAAAGAAAAAGGGCCUUGUGAUAAAAUGAGCUUGAGUUCGGUAGUGCAAGACUUCUGUAUUUUGUUUGGUUAUGUUUUUGGUACAUGAAUUUAUUUCGCUGUAAUUGAUACAAGAUUCUGCUGUGUCAC